AUGCCAUCCAACCUCUCGCACAAGGCCCUGUUGGGGCUGUCUCUGCUGGCCGCCCUGGGACAGGCCUCCCCGACAUCUCAUCUUAACUUCAAAUACGGCAGCGACAAAGUUCGCGGUGUCAACCUUGGUGGCUGGCUGGUGCUGGAGCCUUGGAUCACGCCUUCGAUCUUCGAUUCGGCUGGUGAUGCUGCGGUCGACGAAUGGUCUCUUUGUGAAACCCUCGGCCAGGAUGAGUGCCGAUCGGUUCUGUCGAAGCACUGGAGCUCUUUCGUCACUCAAGAUGACUUCAGUCAGAUUGCUGCCGCGGGCAUGAACCACGUUCGCAUCCCUGUGGGAUACUGGGCCACGGAGCAUCUGAACGGCGAGCCUUACGUUAAUGGCCAGCUGGAAUUCCUCGACAAUGCGGUCUCGUGGGCUCGUGCGGCUGGUCUUAAGGUUGUUGUUGACCUGCACGGAGCUCCCGGCUCUCAGAAUGGCUUUGAUAACAGCGGAAAGCGUGGAAGCAUCAACUGGCAGCAGGGCAACACUGUCGACCGCACGAAGUCUGCCCUCGGCAGCCUGGCUAAGCGGUAUGCUGGCGAUGGCGACGUGGUUACCGCGAUCGAAGCCCUGAACGAGCCCAAUGUCCCCGGUGGCGUAGACGCGGAUGGCUUGAAGCAGUACUACUAUGACUCCUGGGGUGUCGCCCGCGAGGCGAGCCAGGACACCACCCUGAUCCUCCACGAUGGAUUCCUGCCGACAGAAUCAUGGAAUGGGUUCAUGAACGGCGACAGCGGCGUUUGGUAUGUUAUGAUGGAUACACACCACUACGAAGUGUUUGACAGCGGCCUGCUCUCGGUCGACACCAACGCCCACGUCGGAAACGUCUGCGGCUUCGUGGAUCAACACCUUGUUACCAACGACAAGUGGACCAUUGUUGGCGAGUGGACUGGUGCCAUGACCGACUGCGCCAAGUACCUCAACGGCAAGGGCAUCGGUGCUCGCUACGAUGGCACCUACCAGGGCAGCCGGAACAUCGGCAGCUGCCAGGGCAAGUCCGAGGGCACCGUCGCGGCACUCUCCGACAACGACCGCACCAACACCCGCCGCUUCAUCGAAGCCCAGCUGGAUGCUUACGAGAAGGGCAGCGGCUGGCUGUACUGGACCUGGAAGACUGAGGGCGCUCCGGAGUGGGACAUGAAACAGCAGCUCGCCGGCGGCGUCUUCCCUAACCCUGUCACGGACCGCCAAUUCCCUGGCCAGUGCUAA